UUCCGGCGCUUCUCUGGCCCCCCGUUUCCUUCCACUUUGUGGUUGGCUGGGAGCGGCCUGUGGGACAAUAAUAGCAGCAUCAUGGCCGGCAUCAAAGCUUUGAUUAGCUUGUCCUUUGGAGGAGCUGUUGGACUAAUGUUUCUCAUGCUUGGUUGUGCCCUUCCACAGUAUAACCAAUACUGGCCCUUGUUUGUUCUUUUCUUCUACACCCUCUCUCCAAUUCCAUACUGCAUAGCAAGAAGAGUAGUUGAAGACACAGAUGCUACAAGCAACGCCUGCAAAGAACUUGCUAUAUUUCUAACGACAGGCAUUGUUGUCUCAGCAUUUGGGCUUCCGAUUGUAUUUGCUAGAGCACAGCUGAUUUACUGGGGAGCCUGUGCACUUGUCCUCACAGGAAAUACAGUCAUAUUUGCUACCAUCCUAGGGUUUUUCUUGGUUUUCGGUAGCAAUGAUGACUUCAGCUGGCAGCAGUGGUGAAAAGAGUUGGAAAGAGAACUAUCGGCAUCUUAUGUCAUUCAGUGGCCAUCCAUAUAACAGAAAGAACGGGCAAUAAAGCGAAUGUACUGUUUCCACAGAGGGACCCUAGGUGUAGGACACUCUGUAGUCACUUUUCCUCUCCUUUCACAUACAACUUUUGCAAUAUGUUUGAUUUAAAUGUUUUUAAAUGUUGAUGCUGUUUUGUUUUAAUGCUUUACUUUUAUGUGAGAACCAGAAUGCUUAAACAUGAUACCUUUGGGGGUUGUUUUUCUUUUUAAAAGAAUAUCAUAUUUCUGUCUAAACAUAAAAACUGAUCUUUUGACCAUGCGUUAGUUUUAAGUUGUAAUGUACAAUUGGGCAACAAAAUAGGCAACAAAUCAAGGGUGCAAUCCAGUUGAAGGUAAGUGUGUUUGAAGCUCUUUCCCAGGCAUGUCUGUUUGGCAAUAAGUCACACUCAGUUGAAAGGGGUUUACUUCCAUCUAAGUGUGCAUAAACUGUGUGUGGGACCCAUUCCAGAUUUCAGUGGGAGAUUUAAGGAUGUGUCCAGAACUCUCACUCCUUUCUGAAAUAAAUGGGACAUUAAAAGCAGGAUAUUUUGUCCCUUAUUAGCAAAAGUGGUCACAUGUAAGUUGUAUGGAAAUGCAACAAGCUAAAUUUAAGUGUACUCAGACCUUGAUCAGUAUGCUGCUUAUACCUGUACACAGCCGAAAACAUUGUAAUACCAUUGGCAUGAGGUGAGAUGGCUUUUGACAAUAAUGGGAUUCCUGAGUUUUAACUACUUUAACAGCUUGUGCUCAUUGUACAAAUACGUUGGAAGUUUUUGUUAGUUGCUGGUGGAGUCAGAGAGGAGGAAUGUGGUCUCUCAACGGGGAGCAGAAGAUAACUGCCGUUCAAAAUCCUUUUCUGAAAGCCCAUUUUGAAAUCUUCCUAUUUAUAAGUAUUCUGUGCUUUGAUAUUUUCUGUCACCUUUUAAAUGUUUUACCAAAGGGGAGGAUGAAGGAAUACCCAUAAAACUACUGAUUGCUGGCACAACUCAGCAGGACCGUUCUCCUUCACAAGCUACGUGGAAAUGAGUAGUAGGGCUCUGCUCAGCUCACUUUCAUUGUGCCUCUGGCUUGCACAGGAGAACUGCAUGGUGGACUACACCCACUCUGUUUGCAAAGUAUAAAAGGAGAACUUCUGCUUCCCUUAAUUUAUUUUAUACGUGGUAUAAAAAGGCUUUUCAAAAGAAGAUUUAAACUUACUGUAGGUAAUAAAUUAACUGACAGCUCAUUUACUGGAUUAGUAUACAGUUGAACCUUGGCAACCUGGCAAAUCUUUGACUGUAAAGAUUUUAUAGUGAUUUUGUCAAUGUUUCCAUUAAUGUAUUAAUUGUUCGCUCAUAAUUGUAGUUCUUUUAGAGUACCUAUUACAUGUAAUUUGCAAUAUUUAAUAUUUGUUGCAUACCUCUUAAUUGUCUUUAACCAUAAACUUCCAUAUUUUGUAGAUAUAAUUAUUUUGAAGUGGUGCUUUGCUGGUGACUCCUUAGUAAAAUACCUAGAUGUCUCUGUCUGCGCCUAAACUGUAUUUAUGCAAACUAGCCAAGUCUAACUACUUUAUUAAAUCACAAACUUCCUUUUUUCAAAACAGUUGAUAAAACCAUAAGCAUCAUCCAUUCACCUGUGGGUAUGGCUUAAUUGAGCCUUAUUUCUUGCCUCUCUGACUGGUCCAAAAGCAUUGUACAGUCCACACUGCAUCUGUAUAUCUCUUUGCCCAUCUCUGGGAUCUUUUAGAGGUGGAGAAGAGAUGGAUGAAUAAAAAAAUUGUGCAUGGUCUCCCAUUUCAAGCAAUGUCUGGAGAGCAAGAGGGAAGAGAGAUGAAUGGAGCCCCUUGCUGAUCCCCCUUCUACUGAAAGAACUCUGUCCAAAUUGGCACAGGGCUGGAUUAUACCUUGCAACUGCUGGCAUCAAAAACCAAAGCAGGUGUUUUAACAUAAUGUUUCUAUCAAUGGACAAAGAUACAAAAGCAUAGGCAGUGCAGGCAUUCUGUGUAUUCUAUUUAACAUGAUGUGAUUCAGACCUUGAAGCCCAUUGACUAGGAUAGUUACAUCAGUAUUGCAGGUUCAGAAUCCCCCCCCCCGAGUGUUAAGUACAAGUGAGUUUGAAGAAUAUGCAGUUAUUUGGAUCUCAACUUAAAUUUUAAACCAGAACACUUUUUUGUGAGUUGGGGAUUUGAAAGCACAACUUUUACUGCAUGACAUGGAGUUCUAUGCUCUCAAGCCCCUAACAUUCUUUUUGAAAUUCCCUGCACAGACAGUGGAAUAGUCUUAGCUAUCAUAUACAGUAUAUGGAUGCAAAUUCAUUUUCUGAUCCUUCCAAUCAUGUGCUAUAGCAAAAUAGAUUCUCUUCUUCCCUGUACUGCUGUUGCUUUCCUUUGUGAAAUGGUUGGUACUUCUUGGCUAGGGGUCAGUUCUAUUAUAUUUCAUAUUAGUAUGUUUUCUGUGUAUUAAUUGUAUGGUCAGCAUUGUAGUGGCGAUCACACUUAUUUUUAGACAUAGUGCUGUCUCCAAUUAUCAGGUUAGACGUUUGAGAGGUAUGUCUUUUUUCCAUGUAAUAUGCACUCAAAAGCAUUGUCAUCCUUCUACAAAGAGAAAUUUUGAUGAGAAAACAAUAAAAAAUUUAAAUAUCAAA